UUGCAGCGCCUAUGGCCCCACUGACCCCUUCGUGAGUUAUAAGAGCCAUGGGACCCAUAACCCAGCAUUCCCGGACUCCCAGAGUUGUCAGGACGCGGCUCCCCACGUGGUGAUGAAUUAGCCCGCCUGAGCGCUGGCUUUGUCCGGGUUAGGCCCGGCUGAGGAGCUUCAAGCUGGUUUUGGACGGGGCGUGGCGAGAGGCGGAUUGUGUGUGAGUGUGUGUGUUCCAGGGGAAAUUGCCUUUUCUCCUUUCCCUCUCAAGAAGGCGGGCACAGGUGUGCUCUUAGAGCGCCCCAGGUGAGAUGUUAGUGCUUUGAAGACCUCCAGUACCCCCGCAUCCAAGAGCGAUCUCUCUGUCCCGCUCAGCCUGGGCACAUCCUCCUGCCGCCCUCGCACCUCUCGCACGGUCCCCGCUCCGUGGCUCGGUGCUCGGCUGCGCUCGGCUCCCGCAGGCGCUCAGCCUAGCGCCCCUCGGCCCCCUCCCCGCCGGCCGGACAGGGAGGAGCAAAUGACUGGGCCCAUGCUGUCCCUCAUCCUCCUCAUGCUCCUAGAGCUGAGCCUGGCAGGCUCCCUUGCACCUGGAACCACUGCCCGGAACCUCCCUGAGAAUCACAUCGACCUCCUGGGCCCAGCACUGUGGACGCCUCAAGCCAGCCACCAUCGUCGGCGGGGUCUGGGCAAGAAGGAGCGGGGCCCGGGCAUGCCCAGACAGGCCCAGGAUGGGGCUGUGGUCACUGCCACCAGGCAGGCCUCCGGGAUGCCAGGGACCAAGGGGCUGCCACCUGGGCAGGGUCCUGCAGGUCUGCUGCAGGACAAGGAUCUGCUCCUGGGGCUGGCAUUGCCCUACUCUGAGAGGGAGAAUCAGCCUCCAGGGUGGGAGAGGGCCAAGAAACGUGGCAGGGAGCACAAGAGACGCAGAGACAGGCUGAAACUGCACCAAGGCCGAGCCUUGAUCCGAGGUCCCAGCUCCCUUAUGAAGAAGGCGGAGCUCUCUGAAGCCCAGGUACUAGAGGCCACGAUGGAAGAAUCUUCUACCAGCCUGGCCCCUACCAUGUUCUUUCUCACCACCUUGGAGGCAGCCCCUGCCACAGAAGAGUCCCUGAUCCUGCCUGUCACCUCACUGAGGCCCCAGGCACAGCCCAGGCCUGAGGGGGAGGUGAUGCCCACCCUGGAUAUGGCCUUGUUCGACUGGACCGAUUAUGAAGAUUUAAAACCCGAUGUCUGGCCCUCUGCAAAGAAGAGAGAGAAACACCGGGGCAAACUCUCCACUGAUGGUAAUGAAACAUCGCCAGCUGAAGGGAAGCCAUGUGACCAUCACCAAGAUUGCCUGCCAGGGACCUGCUGUGACCUGCGGGAGCAUCUCUGCAACCCCCACAAUCGAGGCCUCAACAACAAAUGCUUUGAUGACUGCAUGUGUGUGGAAGGGCUGCGCUGCUACGCCAAAUUCCACCGGAAUCGCAGGGUCACACGGAGGAAGGGGCGCUGCGUGGAGCCUGAGACGGCCAAUGGCGACCAGGGAUCGUUCAUCAACGUCUAGCAGCCCCGCGAGAGGAGCCUCCUGACCGCCUGGGGACUGAGCCCGGGAGGUUUGGAGAAGUCGGGCGGAUUUGUUUAUAAUUUAGCAAUGGGAGACCCAAUGGGGGACCAGAUGGCUAAGGCUGCAGGCUCACGCUUAGGAUGCUCAGUGCCAGGAGGGGAGCUGCUGGGUGGACGAGCUGCCCCUGCCCAGGAACCAGACAGCACACCCCGGCACCCACCGUCCGCACACACUCGGCCAGCGCAUCCCGCGGGACCGGACUCUCCACGGCAACGCCGAGAGUGCCCUCUACUGUCUGACAGCAGCACUGCAACAGCUUCAAGUUCAAAGCCAAGAGGAAGCUUUUGAGAGUGGGGUCUCAUCGCUGUGCUAAGCUGGUGGAACACAUUAUCUCACUGAAUUCUCACAACCUUUUCAAGGAGUAUUAUCACUAUGGUACAGGUGAGGACACUGAGGCACAGUUGAGUUACAUGAUUGCCCAGCGUCCCAGAUGAAUGCCACUUGAACCUUAAGAUAUGUGAGUCACCAGGGAUCUGGUCAUAAUGCAGAUUCUGUUUCAGUGGAUUUUGCUUUUCUAACAAGCUCCCAGGGCCUGCCAAGGCUGCUGGGACCCUACGGAGAGAUUCCAAGGAAUAAGGAUAUGGCAGAGCCUGAAUCUGGACCCCAGCCAAGGGACAGAGCUCCAAGGCUCACUUCUUGUUUCUCCACGAUUAAGAAUUCCAAGCACCCCAAGGCUUUCAGUGGGAAAGCCACACUCCUUGGUAUUUCCUUCCCUGGUGGCUGGAAUAACUUGAUUGUUUUCUGCCUGAUUAUUCUCUGGGCAAAGGUGUGUCAUCUUUAAUAACAAAACAAAAUGCACCUUAAGCACCUGCUUGCUUGUAAAAAAUGCAUUGAGCAUAUUGGUCCCUGCCUCUGAUAGUGGAUAUUUUGAAAUAUGAAGUGUUUGGGGAAAACAAUAAUAUCGUCCCUUAGGUCCCUGUGGUCCUGCUU